GUUCCAAGAAACACUUGUUGGAAACAGGAUCCCAGUUCAAUACUGACUACUAGACUUACGCAACUUUUAGUCUAGCAAAAUGAGAGGCUAUUUUGUUUCUUAACCUACAACUUAUAGCAUGUUGGUGGCAGUAACUGAGUAAAAAGCCCUAGAAAACAAGAAAGCAGGCCUCUCAACUGGGGGAGGGGGGGGGGCGCAAUGAAAUCAUAUGCUUUCUUCACAUUAUUCCUAGAAAUCUGGUCAGGCAAGGCUCAGAGAUUAAACACACCCCACCAAAAUACUGAAAAUUUCUCUUAAGCAUCUAGUAACUUUCCUGUUUCAAACAGAGUGAAUGACGGGCGCCCACGCCCUUAAGAAAGCUGCUUCUCCACCCACCUGCUUUGUAAGCCUGUUUAAGGCCUCACACAGGGCGUUAGUUGAGAGGUCGAAACACGUGCCAGAACCAAGAGUGAACACAACCCCUUUCUAAUGCUCUGCUCCCCAAACGCGAACGUCCCCUCUGCCUAUUUCCUUCCCUAAGUUCCAAGCCCCAAGAUAAGGAUGUUCUGAACAAACGUCAUACCCACACUUCCUACGAAGUUUUUUCAGCUGCUUGCACCGAGUGCGUUCCCACAGUCCAGGAAGAAGAAAACGGGUAGCGACUGGUAAACAGCGAAUGGUUCUUCGCAGCAGCAGGCAGAGAGGGAGGAGGACGUGGGACCAAGACCCAAGGGGAUUGCAACACCUCUUUCCCGGCACAGGGCCGACAGAAGCAUGGCGCCUUUCCCGUGCCCAUGUGGGAAGGGCGUCGGGGACAGACACCUGAGCCUCCCCAGCAAGAAGCCUUUUUCCACCUUGCCCUCCCCGUCUCCUUCCUGCGCCUCACUUUUCAAAGGAAAUCCUCUCUCCACCCAGGUCCUAAUUGAAGACUCCCAAGUCUCCGUCCCACGUGUCUGUCCCUCCCCAACAUCCACAUCCAUCCCCUACUGUGGGUCCUCUCGCCCGGGGGCCGCUCCUUUCCUAUCGCGACCGAGGCACUCUCCCCUUCGGGAACGUGCGACAGCGCCUGCCUAAGGGACCCCAAGCUACUCUGCUGGCUUUGAGCACAGUCCUGCAAAAAGUUUAAGACCAAGAGUGGUUAAGUCCAGUAUGGUAACAGAUAACGGAUGGAAAGAUGGGUUCAGAAGCAGGAGUGUGUCUGAGGUUCCUGCAGCAUCAAGAGAGAGAGACACCAUGGCUUCUACCAAGAUGCUUCUGCUCUUGCUCUCGAUGGCCUUGCUGGCCCUGAGCACAGCUCAUGACAUCAAUGAUGGUACUGAUUCUGAAGACCUACCUGAAGAGCCAGAAGUCCCUCAAGACAAAGAGGAAGAGUCCCCAGUAGAAGAUCCUGAAUCACCUAAAAACUCCUUGGCAGAAUUGCAAAAUAAACCUCAAGGUGAACAUGGAAGUCAGCAUGGCAAUAAGACCAAAGAUGGGGAAGAAGACCACGGUCAGCAGCGUGAGCGUCGUAGCCAGGAGGAACAGCAAGUCCAGGAAAGCUUAUUGAGAAGAGGUGGAGGAGAUGGCCAAAGAGGCCAAGGUGGUCAACGUGGCCAAAGAGGCCGAGGUGGCAGAGGUGGACAGGGUAGAUCUGGCGGCCAGAGAAUCCAGCGUGGAAGAGAUGGCCAAGAUGGUCAGCGAGGUGGCCAAUGACAAGGAAAACCAACUAACGAUGGCUUCCAGUGAUUCCUUAGAAUUGAUAGAGAUCAACUGGGGACCAUCAGCUUUUCAGUAGUGUAAACUUCUUGGCCCUUCCUUUCCAACUUUAAAUCAUCAAUAAAG